AUGGCAGUGGACGCGGCCGCUGUUGAGGAGGCAGCACCGGAAGAAGCCGGAACUGCUGUGCCGGAGGAGACCACUGAGGCGGUCGCUGUGGAACAGCAGAGCUCGAUGCAGGAGGAGUCGGCCGAGGCGGCCGCUGUGGAACAGCAGAGCUCGAUGCAGGAGGAGGCGGACGAGGCGGCCGGUGUGGAACAGCAGAGCUUGAUGCAGGAGGAGGGGGCCGAGGCAGACGCGGCCAAAGACCCAGAACAGCCGCCACUUCCAAACCUGCUGCAGAGCCUGAAGGUUCUUGCGGCUGCGCGGUACUUCCGACAAAAAACGUGGAAGUACACAGGCCGCCAAUGCUCACGCAAAGUGGGUUUUUGA